AUCAGGAUAAAAUUCGGUCAACAGAAAGGAAGAAAAAAAAAUCCCAAACAGAAAACAACAAUGGCGAAAUUUCUUCUUCACAACACCUUCUUCCUCUUCUCCAUCUGUUUCCUUAUACUUUUCAUCGAUCAUUCAUCAGCAAGAUCUAUUCAAAACCCAGUUUUCAUUCCAUCAUCAGCACACAAAGAACUACAAACCAAUGGUUUUCCAAUCGGUUUACUACCAAAAAAUGUCUUAAAUUAUUCUCUGAACAAAACAUCUGGAGAUUUCUCUGUAAAUCUUGGUUACACAUGUAAACUUACACUUCCUCCUGAUAAUUAUGAAGCUACUUAUUCAAAGAAAAUUACUGGGAAACUUGUUGAAGGUAAAAUUGGUGAAUUGAAAGGGAUUAGAGUUUGGGCUUUUUUCCAGUGGUGGUCUAUUACUGGGAUUAAAUCUAGUGGUGAGAAUUUGGUUUUUGAAGUUGGUAUGGUUUCUGCUAAAUAUCCAGCUAAGAAUUUUGAUGAAAGUCCUGAGUGCCAGGGAAAGCAUUCUUCUUCCUAAGACAAGCAACAACUUCUAGGGUCAUCUUGGGAUUCCUGCUGAAUUCCAUCAUUAUAAUUAUGAAAUGGAAGUGAAAGUGAAAGCUGCCAACUAUCGUGUGAAUGAAUCAUUGUAUUAUUAGUUUCCCACGACUUAAUCCAUAACAGUUGAAUUUAUCACCAGCUUAUAUCUGUUAUUGUACUCGAAGAAUAUUUAGGGAUUCCUUGCUUUCUGCUUGUAUAUAUAUGAACCUAGUUUUUAGUUCUAUGAAGUACGAAUCGAAUAUUGUUAGUGUUUUGUUUAAACACUCCCAUGAUAUAAUAAUGUGCAGAGCUGUGACAAUAUUGAGUUCUGAAUUAUCGAAAUAGGUAUAUACUCAUUUUGUAUGGAAAUCAUUAAAGCUCUGGUCUCUGUUCGAGUGGUCACAUUCAGAUUGGUGGAGAAUAUGAAGAUCAUAGUCUACUUCACUGGUGAUGAUAUUUAUAUUUUUUUUGAAGAA